ACCACGAGUGGUCUUCGAUGAACAUUGACUUCCAGAGUAAGCAAUAGUGCGCGUUACUUUCCAAAGUAUAAAACAAACAAACAUUAGCCUAUGCAGUAGUUAAUGACCUCGUCAUUAUUUCAAUAAAUUGUCUAUUAAAUUUCCGCCAGCACUUUUAUGUUAAGGUUAAAAUAAAAUUGAGGCGCUGUUUCCAAAAUUUACACUAUUGACAAUUCUGUGGCAUUUCUUGGGUAUGUGACCCCUUUUCAAUAUUUAAGAGCAAAAAAAGACAAGAAAAGGUAAAUGAAAGCGACUACAAAUCGAGAUAGAAAUUUCAACAGAAGACUGAACGUGUCAGGUUUAAAUCUGACAAUGACCAACAAAACGAAAAAACGUCGUUCCCCGUCGCCGGUUGGUAGUACUCAGGUAGCCGUUUCCGGUUCCGGUGAGAAACAUUUUCCAAGCUCUUGGCCGAUUUACAGCUUAGUUAGUACAGUGGCGGUGGCGUGCUAUAUAAACGGUUUAAACGGCGAUUUUGUACACGACGAUAUUCCCGCGGUGACUCUUAAUAAGGAUGUACUCGCUCGAAAUCCGCUCAUAAAUGUUUUCAAAAACGACUUCUGGGGAACCCCGAUGGCCGAUCUCUCGAGCCACAAGUCUUACCGACCGCUCACCGUUCUCACGUUUCGAGCCAACUAUCAGUUCUUCACACUACAGCCGUUUUGGUUUCAUGUCACGAAUAUGACGUUGCACGUUGUCGCGUGUGUAUUAUUUACGCGUGUCAGCUUGUGCGUUGCUGGAUUCAAGCCACCCUUCGCUACAUUAGCUGGCUUAAUGUUCGCCAUCCAUCCCAUACACACUGAGGCGCCGCUAAUCUGGACAAAACACCUCUUCGCCUGCCCUCUCUCUGUGCGCAUCUGCGGGGUGGUGAGUCCUUUGUUCAUCGCCGAAGUCAUCGUCUUAUCAAGUUUAUCCUCAUGGUGGGUGCGAAUGGUGGGGCAGGACCAGGGGCCCCUUCCCCCUCAGCUUAAAUAUUUGAAAUUGAGUUCAUUAAAUUUCCAGAAUAGGACCGGUCCCCACGGAACGAACGAUACUUUGGGCAGCACAACCCUGUUUCUUCCUGUGAACCAAUACCUUUCCAUUUCAACUUCUACUUUUUUCGUCUAA